CGUUGUCUGGCCCUUAGAACAAAUCACACCUCCUGCAGAAUGAACACGAUUACUGAUCCACUGCUAUCGGCUACUAUUUAGAUACCGCCUUCAUCUUCUAACAGACAGGAUGUGAAACAGGAAGAUAUUUGAUUUUGCUCUGCAGUUCAAAUUGGCAGUCACCGAAAGGGAAGAGAGUCGGAACGCUUCCGUGUUUUCCGCACCAACCACGAUUCUGGGUUUACAUCGAAGAAAACGUGCGACGUUCUUCCUCUCUUGUUGCCGUUGACCUCUGAUGAAGAGAUUGGAAAUGAAGGUGCACACGUGGGGCGUUAGAAGACCGCAAGUCGUGUCGACCAGCAAUUACAACCACAUCAUCUGUAACUGAUCUGUCAAUGCACGAGACUCCUAUUCAAACUCAUAUUGUCCAUGCAUACAAUAUUGAGCUUUUCGCUCCUCUCUAGUAACAGCAGGAUAAGGAAGAAUGGUUGCUUCUAUAAGAUAUUGAAGCUUACGUUCAAAAUCGUCGAAGCUUACGAUUCAACAGAGACUCAAAUUGAAGACUCAAUGCAUUUGAACGAAGUUGAAAUGGCCGAUCCGGAACUGUCAGUUCAAGAAUUGAAGAAACAGCUGUUUACCUCACUACAGUGUACGGGCAUACUGGACUCACUUAAGAGUCAAUUGCGGGUUCGCUUGUUGGACCAUUUACGUGAGCAGGACGGAACUUUGCUGCAGAAUAAGGAUAAGAAUAGAAAACCCUCCGUAACCGAGAGGCUUCUCGGUAGUUUGUUCCUGGACUAUCUCAAUUCUUACGGCUAUGCUUUUACACAGUCCGUUUUCCUUCCGGAGAGCCGGAUGGUAUCUUGGCCUCCGUAUUCCAACCAGGAGAUUUUACAGCUGCUGCAUUUGGACUCGUCAUCAACUUUCAGUCCUCGGCUGAAAUUUGCUCCUGAUGGAAAAGGAUGUUUAGUGCAGCAGUUGGUCAUGGUGCUCCAAAAGUACUCGUUCCGUAUCAAGACGAAUGAUGCUUCCAUACAAACUCAAGAUCUUGACAGCUGCUUACGACAAAUCGAUGAUGAAUGCUACACAAAGCAAGAAGCAGAAAGACAGCUUGCUCUCUGCUCCCUUGAGGAUCGAUUCAAUGCUUUUCGCAAGGAAUUCGAAACUCGUGUGAACUCUGAAGUCGCCUUCCAGGUCAAUCGCGUCCGAGAGUAUGAAACCAAUGCUUUGCGAAUGGAGGAGGCAUGCCGUUACCGCAGGCAGCUAUCCAGAGAUCGGGAGGAGUUAGAGGAGCUCCAUAAGGCUAGAUUGGAGCGAAUUCGUGAGAGGGAAGAGUCGUUGAUGGAGCGAUUGCUCGUCAAGGAAAAGGCAAUCGAAGCUUCAGCAUAUGAGCAGCGUCAGAAACUGCUAGCGGAUAUCACGAACUUCCGAGACAGAGCAGAGAAGCUCCAAGGAAGAGAAGAGUUGCAAUUACGGCGAGAGGAGAAGCUUGACGAACAUGAAAAGUAUCUGAAGAUGAGGGAGGAGGACAUCAAUCACUUGCGAGAAACUCUCUACGCCCGGGUUGAUGAAAGUGCCCAAAUGAGAUUGAAGGAGUUAGAGGAUCAAUAUCGGAGCAAAAACGAGCUGCUGCAGACGGAUCGGGGUCACAUGGAAGCAAAAUGGGCGGAAUUCGCUGAAGAGAAAGCGAGGAUGGCGAAUGAGUUGAGAGCAGCAAAGAUUGACAAAGAGCUCGUGAUUUCCUUGCACGAGCGCCUCGCACGGGAAGGUGAAGAACGACAGUUCCUACUGGAAAAAAUCGAGAACAUGUACAUCAGAUCUGUCAGGAGCAAAGUCGGAAGUGGAAUCUGGAACAGAAAAAGAUGCAGAAGACCAUCAAGAAACUUGAGGCGGAGAUAAAAAAUGCACUGGAAGAAAAAGAAGUAGCAAUUCGAAGUCGGAAAGCACUCCAGGUAGAGCUUAGGCUUAGCGAAAGUGAGCUGCUGGAUACGGUGACUCUGCUGAAGAAGACUCAACACGCCUUGGAAUUGGAACGGCUCCACCACUAUUCGCUGCGCUCACAGAUUGCGACCCACAUGUGUUCCAGCCAGGAUAAGUUGCAAGAAAAUCAAAUAGUUACCAGCCUGACGAACCCUCAAGGUGUGGAUAUAUCUGGAGCAGUCGCGUUGAACUCCUGUAAUCCUGGAGGUGGUUUGAGAAUUUCACAGUCAGUGAGCUCUUUAGAAGG